UGUAUACGCAGUUGGACGUGUGUAUCGUCUCUGUGUACCAUUUGCAUGUAUACGAUUUUUGCGCUCUUGCAAAAGUUGAUAAUUGAGAAAAUUUAGAGAACGAGAGUUUUGUGCGCGAAUCGAGUGCAUUUAUAAUUGCUGUUUUUGCCUUAUUUUUACCUGUGUGCGCGAGGUGAUCUGUUUGUUUUGAGCUCGACGCUGUUAACCAAAAAAAAAAAGAGGAAGAAGGUUCGCGCGAGUGUAACCGAAGAUACAAGGUGCUGUGCGCCGCGAGUCUCGUCGACUCCGUUUUUGGUCGCUGCAAUUUUUCUUUGUUUAUUUUUUUUUUUUUCACGAACACCUGUUUACCCGUGAGUGCUGUGUGCAACGCGCACUCGGUCCUCCAUAACCUCACCGCCUGUGUGCAGUGCUCCGUGUUGUGUUGUGGGAGUCUCGCGGGUGCACUUUUGUGCUUUGGCACACACGGUGUGUCUGCGCUAAAAACGUCGCUGGACGCAAAGGGGAGGAAAAAAAAUACAGGAGUUAUACUGUAACACAAUGCAGCGGAUGAGCGCUGCCGCCACCGCCGGCAGCUGAGCACAGCGACAGGUGUUUUUUUUUUUGUUGGUGUUUUGUUUUUUGACUCACGAGCGACUUUCUCCGUUCGCUGUAAUAGGGUAUACUCGUCUUUCUUUGUGUACAUCUCGUGUGUACCAUAAUACAGCGAAGUGUAAAUAAGCGAAUACCUCUCCGACGAUGCUCCAGAAAAGGAGUCGUCGCGGUGGGCGAUCGCUACUACUGUCGUGAGAGGAGAGAAUUUCGCGCGCACGGGGUUGUGUUUUUUUAUAAUACUCGCGAAAGAAAGAAAGAUAUUCAGAAAAGGUGCUGCGCGCGACCAAAAGAGGGUGAAGAGAGAGAGAGAGAGAGUGAAUAAUCGUGCUCGCUCGUGCCGACUGCAUGCGGGCGACGACGAUGCGGAUUAUCAGCCACAGACGACAGAUACCCUCGAAGACGAAGGGCGAAGAAGAAGAAGAGCGAGUCGCCGCUGCUGCUGUUGCUGCCGCUGCUUCUCCUCAGCUGCUGGGCUAUGAGCGCUGACAAUGGCGACGAGUCCUUGCCCACGUGGCGAUUAUGGGGCGAAGAAAAAGGCGAUGGGGUCAUCUACACGGUAUACCUGAAAAAGGUGCGCUACCACAGGCCAACGAAAAGCCUCUCGAACUCGGACUCGGAGGACGAGAUCUCGCAUCUGGAAUGGGAGACGGUGCGUGUGCGCUUCCUCAAGGCCGGCACGGUGCAGCGUCUGGUCGAGAGCCUGGCCAACGACGACGGCGAGCUCGAGUCCACCUACAUCAACGUGUUCCUCGCCACCUAUCGGGCCUUCACGACGCCGCGCGAGGUGCUCGAGCUGCUGCUCGACCGCUACGACUCGCUGGACGAAGCGGCCAACGCCCAGCACCGCAAGACCCUGGUGCAGGCGCUGCACGUCUGGCUCGACGCCUAUCCGGACGACUGGCGCUCGCCGCCUGCGCAUCCGCUGCUGGUGCGCCUGCUGGAGUUCGCGCAUCGCCGGCUGCCCGGCUCGGAGCUCGAGCUCAAGGCCAAGCACCGACUGCACAGGUUCUCGUCGCAGCGCGCGACUAACGACUCCACGACAGAUCAGCUGGACAACGUGGCGAACAACAAGAACAACGACGCGACGACGACGGCGUUCACCAAGGAGAUGAUCGACAGCUUGGUGUAUCAGUUCCCGGACGUGAAGCCGCGCUACUUCGCCGAGCAGCUGACUCGCAUCGACGCCGAGGUGUUUCGUCGCCUGAAGGCCCACCAGUGCCUCGGCGCGGUCUGGUCGCGCAGGGGCGAGCGAGCGCCGCGCGGAGCCGCCCACGACGCCUCCACCGUCGCAGCCACCGUCAAUCAGUUCAACGCCGUGUCGCUCGGGGUCAUCUCGACGAUUCUGCUGCAGCCCGACGAGGCUGGCACUGGCAAGCCGCACGAGCAGCGCGCCCGAGCCAUCGAGACCUGGAUCGACAUCGCCCAGGAGCUCAGGAUACUGAAGAACUUCAGCAGCCUCAAGGCCAUCGUCUCGGCCCUGCAGAGCAACUCGAUCUAUCGGCUGGAGAAGUGCUGGCAGUGCCUGCCGCGCGAGAAGCAGGAAGUGUUUCGGGAGCUGGAGAGGAUAUUCUCCGAGGAGAACAACGCCUGGACGCAGCGGGAGCUGCUGAUCAAGGAGGGCACGGCCAAGUUCGCCGACACGGCCGGGCGCAGCGACAGGCAUCUGCAGAAAAUACUGCAGAAGCAAAAUAUUCAUUCGGGGAACAUCAGCUACGGCACCAUCCCGUAUCUGGGCACGUUCCUGACCGACCUGACGAUGAUCGACACGGCCAUACCGGACACGGUGGCCGACGGCCUCAUCAAUUUCGACAAGCGCCGCAAGGAGUUCGAGGUGCUGGCCCGCAUCAGACUGCUCCAGGGCGCCGCCAACGCCUACAACUUCCUGCGCGAUCCCCUCUUCGACAGGUGGUUCAACAGGCUCGUGGUGCUGGACGAUCGCGAGGCCUACCGGAUAAGCUGCCAGAUCGAGCCGCCGCCGCCGGGCAGCAACAACGCCAACAACAGCAGUCGAGGCUCGUCGGCGCCGUCGAGCGCCAAGAAGAAGCACAAUCACAGUCAUCACAAUCAUUCGUCCUCGUCGUCGCAUCAUCAUCAUCAUCAUCAUCACAGUCACAAUAAUUCAUCGGGUCAUCGGAAGAACGACUCGAUAGCCUCGACGUCGAGCUCGAGUAGUUCUCAAUUUUAUUGCGAUUUAGACUCGCUGCCGAGUUCACCGCACAACUCGCUGGAUCGUCGCACCUCACCGUCGCAGCUGUCCUCCUCGUCGUCCUCGUCCUCGCUGCCGUCGCUCGACGUCUCCCUGAGCUCCGGUGGCACAGCUGCAGCAGCAGCGAACGGCAAUCAAAGCCGAGGAGGUCACCACAACACGUCCGCGACGAGCAACAACGGCGGCACGGCCGUCUCGAGUCCCGGCAGCAGCGGCUCGCACAAGAGCUCGCCGGACUUUUACAUCAUCAAGGUGACGAUGGAGAGCGACGGCGUGGAGACGGACGGCGUCGUGCUCUACAAGUCGAUCAUGCUGUCGAACAACGAGCGCACGCCCCAGGUGAUACGCAACGCCAUGCUCAAGCUCGGCCUCGAGGGCAAUCCCGAUCAGUUCACCCUGUCGCAGGUGCUGCCCGACCGAGAGCUGCUGCUGCCACCGUCGGCCAACGUCUAUUACGCGGUCAACACGGCCCACAAUCUCAACUUCAUUCUGCGACCAAAAAAGACUUGAAUUUGCUGUUUUCUCGUUCGUUCAUUCGUUUCUUGAUUGCGAUGUACACGGGGUAAAAGAGAAUUUGAAUGCAAUCAAAUGCAAGUUUUAGAUAGUAAGUUAUUCUGCAAGAUUGUGUGUACGAAUAUACUAUGUAUUUUCCCGUAGAAUUUAACGUGAAUAUUUAUUUCUUUGUAAUUAUAUAAGGAAAGAGUUUGAGAGUGCGAAACAAAAGGAAAACUAUUAUUAUUAUUUUUAUAUGUAACUUCAUGCGAUGGUUUAUUGUUGACGAUGCUUAUGUUUUUAUAAAAUUGUAUAAAAGUAACUUGACAUAUUGUCAACUCGAAUCGGGAAUGGAUACUAUUGCGUGAGCUACACCGAUAAUAUUCAUUUGUACCAUGACAGUUCAAAUAGCUAAAGUGAGGUAGCUUCGUAUUAUUAUUAUUAUAAGAUAAAUGUAAAAAAAUCAUAGAGUCGAAUUCAACCUCUUCAUUAUUAAUUUAGUACCUAUAGUAUGCUAGAACUUUUUAAUAAGUUUGACUUAUUACUUAAUCAGUGGUGGGUAACAAAAGAGAGAAUCCUGACGAAAUAUAUCGCAAGUAUUUGCCUUUUCUGUUAAUACAUGAUGCAUUAUUUAUAAUGAUAUUAUUAUUACAAUUUGUUAAUCAUACAAGAAAUGGAGGACCAAUGACAUUUUGUAAAUAUUUUAUAAUCGAAAACGUUUAAUCAAUUAUCGUCAAGGUACGAAAAAUGAACAAACACAACGUUUGUUACGAAGAAAAAAGAAUAUAUCGAAUCAAUGAUAUUUGUAAAUGAACUCAAAAUUGAAUUACUUUUUUAACGAGCGUAUUUUGCGUAGACAAAUAAAAAUUCAAUGAAUUAAAGCGUUCUUAAAAUUAAAAAAAAAAAUGAAAACAAAAAUGUAUAAGUCACCAUUACUUGGAAAAUAAUCUGUGAUAAACUGGAUGAUUUUUCAGGUCUUGUAUAUCGAAGUCUAUGAAUUAGAAAAAUACUCAGGUUGCAGCCGAAUUGCAACAGAAUCUUUACAGAACAGAAAUAAUCGUUCCACACAUCGUCCGUAUAAAUAAUAUAUUUUAUUUAGAACGAAAGAAAAAUUUCAAGACGUAGUAAUUUCUAUCCUCACAUUCUAUGCGUGGAAAAUCAAACGGUUCAAAUCGUAUUGAAUUCCAUUCUACAAUGUGUACACCUUAGACGUAAAACCUUUUGUACUUAUUCUGUUUCCCAUUCGAGGCAAAGCUGUAUCUACGAUUGUAAUUAUAUACAUAUCCUCGUGUCUCGAGUGAAACAUUAGAAUUGAAAAUAAAAGUGAAAAUUCA